GUUUUCAUCGGUGCAUUCACGUUUGGUCAGGGCACAAGAGCGCGUCCCCUCUAACUCUCUCUCUCUCGCUCUCUUUUUUUCCAUUCGAAUUUGUUUCUUCGCUCAUUAUUUCUGUCUCUCUUUUUUUGGUUUGAUCGUAUUUUUGACAUUUUCAUCAAUCGACCGGUGUGCUGCUGAUUUUUGUGAGACCUUUUCAACUUUUGUUUGGAGGAAACUCGACUCACCCCGGUAGAGGAAAGAUGUCGAACGACGAGAAGACAACCGUUGCUGCUCCAGUUGACAGCGUCCAGCAGGUCAACAACAAAGAAGUGGAAGAAAAGCAACUGAUUGAAGAACAGGCUAAGAACACGGAGGCUACCAACAUUGAUAACGGCAAAUCCACGCAACAGGUCGAAGCCACGACAGACGCCGCUGCCAAGGAAGCGACGCCGAACCCGGCUCCACCAGCUCCCAAGCCACCAAAACCGGCAGUUCAUAAAGUAGAUUUUGAAAAGAAUGUCGUCUAUCUCUACCAGUUCUCUCGCACCAAGAACAUCCCGAGUCCAUCGCCGUUCUGCUUAAAAGUCGAAACUUGGCUGCGCAUGGCCGGUAUCAAGUACGAGAAUGUGGACCACAAGAUGCGAUUCCGCUCCGCCAAAGGCCAGCUGCCGUUCGUCGAAGUGAACGGAGCAGAGAUCGCCGAUAGUGCCGUCAUCGUCAAAGAGCUCGGCGCUACUUUUAACACCGACAUGGACGCACACUUGACAUCUGAACAACGCAAUGUGGCCCACGCCACCAUCACCAUGCUCGAGAGCCAUUACCACUGGAUUGAUGUCUGGUGGCGCUCAAAGAACCAGGAUGCUAUGCUCCAGGCCUAUAAAAUUGACCUGCAGCAUAUGGUUGGAUCAAAACUGCCUGCGGCCUUGUUGAAGUUCUAUUACUGUUUCUCAUUGAGACGUCGGGGAAUGAAGAAAGUCCGUGCCACUGGUAUUGGUGUCCACUCGCCGAAAGAAAUCAUUCAGAUGGGCAAAGACGAUCUUAAGGUGCUAGCUGAUAUGCUCGGCGACAAGACUUUCUUUUUUGGAGACGAACCCACCACUCUUGACGUCGUGGUUUUCGCUAACGUCGCACAAUUGACUGUCAUCGACAAGGAUGUCGCUCACCCCUUGCGAGACUGGGUCAUGGAGGACGGCAAAAACCUAGUGCAGCACUUCGAAAGAAUCAAAGAGAAAUACUAUCCCGACUGGCAGGAAAUGUGUGACACUCUAGAUAUGAACACUCAUAUCCCCAAGCCUGUCAAAGAAGAAAAGGAAGCAGAAAAGGUCGAACAGAAAGAAGAGGAGAAGAAAGAGGAAGAUAAGGAGAAGGUUGAAGAUGAAAAGGAGAAGGAAAAAGAGAGCGACGAAAAAACGCCAGCAACGGAAGCGGAUGAAAACCAGAAGGAAACCAAAUGAGCAGAGUUGGGAACACGCUUUAUAUACGUUUGAGAAAGAAAAAACAUCCGUUUAUUCCUUUUUGCGCCGAGCGGUCAAAAAGGAACGCGCAUUAUCUGUUUCAUUUUUAGCUAACUCUUUCGUCCCACCCUUUUUUUAUUUUAUUUUUUUUUUAUUCUCACGGACUUUUUUCACUUCAGGAUUGAAUCUUCCAUUUAAAGAAAGAAAACUGAUGUAACGAAAUUGAAAGAUAUGGGGACAAUUUAAUUCGUUGUCUUGAGCCACGUUUUGUUUUAGAUGUGACGUUGGUUAUCUAAUUUUAACGGUAUUCCCAUUGACCCCCUGCUCUCUUAUACUCUUCAUUUAAAAGAACAAAGCUUGUGGAGGUGUUUUUUUUUUUCUCAUUUAGCAUCUGUAAAACAUAGUAGUCUUUCUUUUUUUUUUCUAAAAAUAAGUUUUCAAGUCACGCACUCAACAAAAGAUCCAUUUUUUCGUGUCGAUACUUGGUCUUUCUUGUUAAUUUUCCGGCUCAGAAGGAAGGCGAGGGUAGGGACAUUUUCUUUUUCAAUUUUUUUUGCGACCGUUGUGAAACCAGAGACCCGGGACUGUGUAAGCGGGGAGGGGAGAAAUGCUUUCAAAUUUUGUCCUCAAAAAAUUCCUAUUAUCCGCACAACUCAAUGGGCUUUUCUGAUUUAUGUGUCUGUAAAACCAAUGCUCUGUGUGUAUUUGUGUGUUGACCAAAAUUUGCAUUGCCAGAAAUUGUCCUGCCCUCUUUUGGAAAUUUCUAAUGAAAAAAAGAACAAAAAAAUUAGUUUUUUUUUUUUUACUACUUCUAAAACAAAAAAGCUUCUGGUUGUCUUGCCACCAAUUACUAUACCGCUCAUAUUCUUGCCACGUACGUUUGAUUGAACACGCGUGCAGUCUUUUGAUAAACAUCAAUCCAUUGGCUUAUCUUUUGAUGUCAUUGUCUCACCCAUCCCCCCAACCCUUCAUCGAUAAAAGAAAGAAAAACCAUGUCUUCGACAAGAAUACUCAAAUAAAAGACAAAAUCCAAACUG